GCGGUGCCCAGUGUGCGUGCUGGUGCUAAGCAAAAGGAUGCUUGGGUUUUUGUUGGCUCGACAAGCAGGCUUGGACGACCCGCUUCGUCUCCGGAGAGCGGAGUCCACACGGAGGGUUUUGGGACUGGAGUUAAAUAAAGACAGAGAUGUUGAAAGGAUCCAUAGCUGUGGAGUUAACACCCUUGAUAUCGAGCCUGUUGAAGGGAGAUAUAUGUUAUCAGGUGGUUCAGAUGGUGUGAUUGUACUUUAUGACCUUGAGAACUCCAGCAGACAGCCUUAUUACACGUGUAAAGCAGUGUGUUCCAUUGGCAGAAGCCAUCCUGAUGUUCACAAAUAUAGUGUGGAAACUGUACAGUGGUAUCCUCAUGAUACUGGUAUGUUCACAUCAAGUUCGUUUGAUAAAACUUUGAAAAUAUGGGACACAAAUACAAUGCAAACUGCAGAUAUAUUUAAUUUUGAAGAAACUGUUUAUAGUCAUCAUAUGUCUCCAAUCGCCACCAAGCACUGUUUGGUAGCAGUUGGUACUAGAGGGCCCAAAGUACAGCUUUGUGACUUAAGAUCUGGAUCCUGUACCCACAUUCUACAGGGUCAUAGACAAGAAAUACUGGCUGUUUCCUGGUCACCUCGUUAUGAAUAUAUCUUGGCAACUGCAAGUGCGGACAGUAGAGUAAAAUUAUGGGAUGUGAGGAGAGCAUCGGGGUGUUUGAUUACGCUGGACCAACAUAAUGGGAAAAAGUCACAAGCUGCUGAAUCAGCAAACACUGCUCAUAAUGGGAAGGUCAAUGGCUUGUGUUUCACAAGUGACGGACUUCACCUCCUCACUGUUGGCACAGAUGAUCGAAUGAGGCUUUGGAAUAGUUCCAGUGGAGAAAACACGCUUGUGAAUUAUGGAAAAGUUUGUAAUGAUAGUCGAAAAGGAUUGAAAUUUACUGUCUCCUGUGGCUGCAGCUCAGAAUUUGUUUUUGUACCAUAUGGUAGCACCAUUGCUGUUUAUACAAUUUACUCAGGAGAACUGAUAACUAUGCUUAAGGGACAUUAUAAAAAUGUUGACUGCUGUGUGUUUCAAUCUAAUUUCCAGGAACUUUAUAGUGGUAGCAGAGACUGCAAUAUUCUUGCUUGGGUAUCAUCCUUAUAUGAGCCAGUGCCUGACAAUGAUGAGAUGACAAGCAAAUCACAAUUAAAUCCUGCAUUUGAAGAUGCUUGGAGCAGCAGUGAUGAGGAAGGAUGAUUAUCAGUCCCUAGUCCUUUGUGCCUCCAUUGGUGAAAUUUCUCAGAUAAAACUAUUGGGUGGGCUUUUUAAGAAACAUUUCCAAUGGCAGCUGAAUUACCUUGAAUAGGUUGGGUAUUUUUCCUCCCAUAAUUUAAAAUUAGAUUGGUAUAUCCUUAAAAUCCUAUAA